AUGACCCGCGAACAGGCAACUGAGAAAGAAAAAGAAGAAUUCCUGGAAGAAAUCGAAUUCAUGAAACAACUCGAGUAUCAUCCGCACCUUUUAUCGUUAGUUGCGUGCUCAACUGAUCCAAAGUGUCCGCUUAUUGUCACUGGGAUUUGUGAACUCGGCGAUUUGUUGAGUCUUGUGCGGAAGAUCAAUCCCAGUCAAGAAGGAGUGGUAAUGGAUGAUUCCUUGGACUUUAAUGAUCUGGUACCGGUGGCAUGGCAAAUCAGUGAUGCUUUGACCUUCCUCUCGAGCAAAAUGAUCGUUCAUCGAGACGUGGCUGCCAGAAAUAUUCUUGUGACAAAGAAGAAAAUGGCAAAGCUCUCUGACUUUGGCCUAUGUCGAUCGAUAAAAGAAACUGAUUUCUUCAAGUCUUAUGGAGAGAAAUUGCCAAUCAAAUGGAUGGCGCCCGAGUCGAUCGAAUCGGCUUGUUUCUCGACAAAGAGCGAUGUCUGGUCUUUUGGAAUUCUUCUCUUCGAAAUGUAUUCCUUUGGUGAAACGCCCUAUAUGUCAAUGGAUCCCACUGAUGUUUUAUCGUUUCUGGAAGAUGGAAACAGAUUAGAACUUUCAGAAUCAACUCCGAAAUUGAUAAGUUCUCUCAUCGAGAGUUGUUGGUUGGAGGAACCGACAGAACGUCCGGAUUUCUCGCACCUUCAAAAGCAAUUCUAUCAAGAGAUGGAAUCGAAUUCCGAAAAAUAUGGAUAUCUUCAGUUCAGCAAAAACUACUAUCGUCAAGAACCAGUCAGUGAUUUGGAUUCAAGCAAGCCGCAAAUGGAUUUCCAUUUC